AUGCAGCAUGUCGAAGUCCAAACUUUAAUGUCCUUGCCCCCUUGGCAGGCAGACCGACGGCUUCAUUCCCAAACGGAAGAGCUGAUGCGGCAGAGAGAAAGGCUACUACAGGAGAGGACUGCGCUUGAGCAACAAGCGGAAGAGCAUAGGCGUGAGGUCCAAGCGCUUAGCCUCGCCCUCAAGAAGUUCCUUCCGGCCAUUCAGAACGCGAAGGCACCCCCAGAUUGGCUGCUGAAGCAGGAGCUCUCAGUGGCUGAGCAGGAGGUGCAGGCCUACCAACACCAGCAAGACACAGUUGGCAUGGGCCUUCUUGAUGCUCAAAGAGAGCAGAAGGCAGCCACGCUGGAGUUGGAGCAGUGCCGCCGGCUUCUGUCCAGCACCGCUGAGCAACAGGAACUAUGCAGCAAGCAGGCCCUCCUGCUUCGCUGCAGAGCUGUCAAGGCGAGGUUUUGCCAGACCUUCGUCUGUGCCCUGCAGGAGCUGAAAUUUCGCGAUGCAACUCGAGAGCUUGCAGAAGAGGCAGCAGUAGCAAAACGCGAGGAGGCAGCUGCCAGGGAGGAGGCAGCGGCACAGAAGCAGUUGCACGCAGAGCGUUCUGCGGCGCUGCGCAAGCUGCAGGUUGCAAAGGCCGAGCAGCUUCGCCAACUUCGGGAACUCGAGGCUGCCGUGGUUCGAUCCCGAGGGGAUUUGUCGGUGGAGAAGGCUGCUCGCAAGGCAUUGAGUGCAGAUCUUGAAGUCCGAUGUGGACGUUUGCGUGCCGAAUUGGAGGAGCAUGCAGCGCUUCGCUUCGAAGCAACAGCCGAGCGUGCCGUCCAGGAGGCUGAGAAUGCUCAGCUGGAGGCCAGCGCUGCGCGUUUUGCACUGCAGCUUCAAGCUGAUGAGGAAGCAAGAGCACAGAUGGAAGCCAAGCUGCUGUCCAGCAUGCAGCUUGCCGAGCGCCAGCAGUAUGAGCUGCAGGCUCAGGACGCUGAAGAUCUGCCUGCCUUGGCCAGAAGAGUCAUGAGGGGAUACCUCGGUACAGGGGUCGCUUAG